AAAAAGGCUCCACCGCCAGUCCACCGCGCUCCACUCCUCCCACUACCGCCGCCACCACCCCCAAAACUCCCGCCCCCGCCGCGAUCGAGAGGGAGGAAGCGAGCGAUCCGCCGGCGGAGAUGCAGAUCUUCGUGAAGACGCUGACGGGGAAGACCGUCACGCUGGAGGUCGAGAGCAGCGACACCGUCGCCAACGUCAAGGCCAAGAUCCAGGACAAGGAAGGCAUCCCGCCGGACCAGCAGCGGCUCAUCUUCGCGGGGAAGCAGCUGGAGGACGACCGCACGCUGGCCGACUACAGCAUCCAGAAGGAGUCCACGCUGCACCUGGUGCUCCGACUCCGCGGCGGCGGCAGGGGCGGCUACCCCAACUUGUCCGUCCCGUGGGACCUCAUCAACCUUGCCCGCAAGCACAAUGAGGCCAAGAUCGUCUGCCGCAAGUGCUAUGCGCGCCUUCCCCUCAGGACUACAAACUGCCGCAAGAAGAAGUGUGGCUACAGCAGCGAGCUGAGGUCAAAGAAGAAGUUCAUCAGCAAGUAUUCCAUAUGAAUCAUUUGGAAAGCGAGAGAAGUGACAUUCUGGAGUGCCAUCUGAAAGCGUCAUGCAUCAGUUGAACCAACUUAUCUUAGCAUUUCUAUCAGAGCUGUUAGUUUUGUCCUAGUUUAAGUUCCCAUCUAUAUGCUGAACCUUCUCUUUUGAGUACUCGAUGCUGUUUCAAUGCGUGCUGUGGCAUGCCUAUGAAAUGCUAGUGAAAGUCCUUUUGGUUGAA